AUGGUGCUGAGAUGCACUGAAACGGAGCGGGUGCCCGGGGCUAGCUGCUCUAGGACGAGCAGCCUCCGAGCACGCCGCCCCCCACGCCCGUCCGCUCAGCGCUCCUCCCCGCCAGCCCCGGUUCCCACAGCUCGGUUCACGUGGGCUGGCGGGCGGCGGCCAUUGGCCGGGCCGGCGCGCCGCGCGGUCGCCGCGGCCCCCCGUCCUCCGCCGGCCCCGCCGUGCCGCCGGCCAAUGCUGCUCGUGCUGGGCGGGCUCCCGGCCGGCGCCGCGGCCGCGCCCGUCUCCCUGGGCGCCUCGCCUCCCUGUCGGCACCACGUCCCUGCUGACGCGGAGGUCAUAAAUAAGGUUCAUCUUAAGACAAAUCAUGUCGUAAAGAGAGAUGCUGAUGGGCAUUUACGAAUCAAGACUAUCUAUGAUCAGAGUAUUGAAGAGUUGCUCCCUGAGAAAAGAUAUCUUGUAAAGAACAAACUUUUCCCACAAGCUAUUUCUUAUUUAGAGAAAACAUUUCAGGUUCGGAGACCUGCCGGAAGGAUCUUACUCAGCAGACAAUGUGCGACAAACCAGUACCUACGGAAAGAAAACGACCCUCACAGAUACUGCACUGGGGAGUGUGCGGCGCACACCAAGUGUGGCCCCGUCACGGUGCCCGAGGAGCAUCUCCAGCCUUGCAGGGUCUGCCGAGAGGGUAAGUGGCCCUGUGGAGCAGUGGGUGUGCUCGAUCAAGAGGGCGUCCAGGAUGCAGACUUUGUUCUUUACGUUGGUGCUCUGGCCACGGAGAGAUGCAGCCACGAAAACAUCAUUUCUUAUGCAGCCUAUUGUCAGCAGGAGGCAAAAAUGGACAGGCCGAUAGCAGGAUAUGCUAACCUGUGUCCAAAUAUGAUCUCCACCCAGCCGCAAGAGUUUAUUGGGAUGCUGUCCACAGUGAAACAUGAGAUCAUUCACGCCCUGGGUUUCUCUGCUGGGCUCUUUGCCUUCUACCGUGAUCAAGAUGGAAACCCCCUGACUUCAAGGUCUGCAGAUGGCCUCCCGCCUUUCAACUAUAGUCUCGGCUUGUACCAGUGGAGUGAUAAAGUGGUUCGAAAAGUGGAGAGACUGUGGAACGUGAGAGACGACAAGAUAGUCCGCCACCCUGUGUAUCUCCUAGUGACGCCACGUGUUGCUGAGGAAGCUCGGAAACACUUUAACUGCCCGGCCCUGGAGGGGAUGGAGCUGGAGAACCAAGGCGGGAUGGGCACGGAGCUCAACCACUGGGAGAAGCGCCUGCUUGAGAAUGAAGCAAUGACUGGUUCUCACACCCAGAACCGAGUCCUCUCUCGAAUCACUCUGGCAUUAAUGGAGGACACUGGCUGGUACAAAGCAAAUUACAGCAUGGCUGAGAAACUGGACUGGGGCCGAGGAAUGGGCUGUGAAUUUGUCAGGAAGAGCUGUAAGUUCUGGAUCGAUCAACAGAGGCAAAAGAGGCAGGUGCCGAGCCCGUACUGCGACACGCUCAGGAGUAACCCCCUACACCUGACAUGCAGACAGGACCAGAGAGCCGUGGCUGUGUGCAACCUGCAGAGGUUCCCUAACCCCUUACCGCCGGAGUACCAGUACUUCGAUGAGCUCAGCGGAAUAUCUGCAGAGGAUUUGCCUUACUAUGGGGGGUCAGUAGAAAUCGCUGACUAUUGCCCCUUCAGUCAGGAAUUCAGCUGGCACUUGAGUGGCGAAUACCAGCGCAGCUCGGACUGUAGAAUACUGGAGAACCAACCAGGUCUGAAGGUUUGGGUUCAAGACACUUCAUAUCUAUGUAGCCGGGCUGGGCAGGUCCUUCCUGUCCGCAUUCAGAUGAAUGGCUGGAUUCACAAUGGAAACCUGCUGUGCCCUUCCUGCUGGGACUUCUGCGAGCAGUGUCCACCAGAGACCGACCCUCCAGCGGCCAACCUGAGCCGAGCCCUUCCUCUGGCACAAAACAGAACCCGGGAGAGUGGCAUUCCCGACUCCGGCUUGGCAGUGCAGGACGGCUGUGAAGCCUGGCUCCAUGGCGGUCACUCCUCAGCGGCCACACAGCCACCUCGGCGCGUGGAGACGAAGAACAAGUGCCCGAGGCGCCUUAGUUUCUCCUGGCAGUUCUCCUUUGAACGAAGGGCCGGUGGCAGGAUUCGCCACGGUCACAUACCUCAGCAUUUGCAUUAA